AUGAGGUUUUUAGCGGAGGAAGAGAUCCAGAGGAGAUGGAAUGCUUUGAUAGUCAGAAAGUGGGGCAAUAGGAGGAAGGCUGAUGCAGCAGAUGUGGUAAUGAUGGUUUUGAAGCUUGGAAGCAAGUGCAGUAUUGAGGAAUGCAGUUUGGCGCUGAGGGAGGUAGCUAGGAUGUAUGCUAAAGAUGUGAGGCAACAGUUGGAAAGAGUUGGAAUGCUGCUGAGUAUGAUGGAUAUCAGAAAGCAGAGUAGAAAGGUUGUGGCUGGCAAGAGGAAUCGGAAUAUGCUGCCAAUGGAGAAUGAGUAUGUUACAGCGAUGUGUGAUUUUGAAGCUGAUACUGAGUGGAAUGGAGAUAGUUUGGUGUUUAGCAGCAACGAGGUGUGUGAAGAACGUGUUGAGGAUGGAAUGGGAUGGAAGCCGAAGAAAAGAACGAUUGACAUGGAGACUGAGCUUGAUUUGAAUGAUUGGCAUGGCAGAAGUGCUAUUAGAACAAGGAUGAAGCUUGAUAUUGAUAUGAGGAUGUUUGGAGGGCAGGAUGUGUUUGUUAUCAAUGAGAUGAUGAGGAUGAUGUGUGCAAGGCAGGUGUUUGAGAUAGAGGAGAAUGAGGCACCAAUGCUGAGCUCAGCAACACUAAGUUCGAUUGAGCAAGUGCGUAACUCAUCCACGUUAACGGUUGAGCAAAUGCGCAACUCAUCGACGGGUUUGGAUGCUAGCGAGUCUGAUGUGGAUGCAGAGAGUGAAUGGCUUUCUCUUCUUGCGAGCGGGGCUGAUUUCAAUAGUCAUGUGAGUGAAUGGAGCAGCAAGAUGAAGGCAAAGAUGUUUUUGAAGGUGCUGGAAUUGAGUGGCGAAGGGAUAAUCAGGCCUGUGCAGGAAAAUCCAUAUGGAAGAAUUGUGCUUGAGAGGUAUUGGAUGUAA